ACUAACACAUGAAGAAAAACCCAACAACCCUUUCAUAACUUCCUCUAACAGUUCAUGCUGACUACCACUCAUGUAGCAUAAGGAACUCCUCCCUCCAGCUCUUUCUACAGGCUGCUCAGGAAACAGGAAGAGACUUGUACUGUUUUUUCACCGCUUCGGUAUGGCCUAACCUUUGAAUCUUUAUGUGGAUAACACAGGACGGGAUACAUGAUUUGAGGUUGCAGUUCUACCUGAGCUGGAGAUGGCGACGCUUAGCCACAAGACGUUUGGUAAUGAAAGCCUGGAGAAAUGGGAGUUGGUCGGCCAUGGUGGGUUCGGUUAUGUCUACAAGGCCAGGCACAAGGGCUGGGGGUUUGAUGUGGCUGUCAAGAUACUCCAUGAAAGUGUCUGCCCCUUCAAGGCACUGUGUGAGGAGGCUAAUUGUAUGGAUAUGGCUUCCUGUGAGUUUGUUCUGAGACGUUAUGGAACUUAUCAGGGUUGUCUGCCUGAUGGAGGAACAUCCAUACAACAGGGAAUAAUGAUGGAGUUCAUGGAAAGAGGGUCUGUUCAGUCCCUGCAGAAGAAGCUCUCGGGCCCUCCACCAUGGCCCCUGGUCUUCCGCUUGGCCCAUCAAGUGGCUCUAGGCAUGAACUUCCUCCAUUCACAGAAUCUUAUGCACCAAGACCUAAAGCCAAGUAAUGUACUGCUGAAUAGCGACCUCAACGCCAAGCUAGCUGACUUUGGUCUGGCCAGAGUUUCCACCAGUGCUUUGAACAGCAACACAGAAACAACAGGGGAGAUCGGAGGCUCAUACAAGUACAUGCCUCCCGAGGCUUUUGAACCAUCAUAUGAACCUGUCCGUGCUUUUGACGUGUACAGCUAUGGUAUUCUGCUCUGGUCCAUUGCUGCUGGUACAGAGCCCUAUCCGAUGGCUGAUUAUGCUCGUGUGGAACUGAGGAUCCCUUUAGGGGACAGACCUCUCUCCAAAGUAUUUGACCAGGUGAAGGCAGACGGGUUGGAAGAACUGAUUGACCUCAUGACGAGGUGCUGGGAUCACAGUCCCCUCGAGAGGCCGACCUUCAAAAAGUGCGUUGAAGUCACUGAGAAUCUGCUCCCAAAACAGCCGCAGGAAAUUCAUGAUGCUGUCGGUCAAGUCUUGAAAAGACUGGUACAAACAGUGUCACCAACCAGCAAUAGAUCAAACACAAGUGGGGCAUUCAAUGCUCCUCUUCAGACACCAGAACAGCCAACAAAUGAUUCUGUGGACUUUGGAAGAUUCCAGAAAAUUGAAACGUCUUCAACACAGGAUUCUGCCUGUUAUUCUACUAAAAGAAUGAACAAUAAAGAUAAAGCAAAGUUUGUUGAUGACAACAGGGCAAUGUUGAUUCAAAACGUUUCCGAGGUAAUGGCAAUAAUAGAGGAGCUUGGAGACAUGGUCCACGGUGAAACCUACUCAUUGAUAGACGCUAAAGCAACUAGCCGGGAGAAAAUGAGGGCGCUUUAUGACCGGACAUUACGUUCAGGAGGGGAACAGGUCAAAGCGGCCUUCUACGACGCCCUCAAAAGUCAUCAUCCCAGACUAGUGUAGAGGCUCGGUAGCUCAUUCUAAAGAAAUGCAGGCUGUGCACAUUCUCUGCUGGUGUCAAAGACUUCGAUUUGAUUUGAUCUGUUACUACACUUUACUCAUUUUACGUGUUAAGUCAAGCAUCCAAUGAACUUUUAAAAAAUAAAUACUUUCUUAAUAAACAUAUUCUUUAGAUUGAAGAA